UAAAUAACCGGUGGCGGAGAUACGGGUUCACAUUGCCAGUGUCUGUGAAAUUUUGCACUUGUAUGUUUAUACAACAAGUGACAACGCCGGGUUUACAAACAACAGCAGCGAAACGGGGCUUUGUGUACGCUGUCAAUUUAGUGAAUAUCGCUUUGCUUAUCAAUAUUUAUUUAUUUAAGUACUGGUUAUUUAAGGAUGAAUUAUAUCGUGCACAAAAAUUGCACCUGCCUGUGUGACAUAACAUAACUUGAAUAAUUGCGUGUGUCCAGGAUGCUGCGUCUGCGUUGCAAGGCCAAGAACGGGACUCACCUCAUGCAGGGGCUGACCAGCCUGUCCUGUGUCCAGGAGCUGAAGGACAAGGUGGCUGAGCUGACGGGAAUCCCCUGCGAGGUGCAGAAGAUCAUGGCCGGCUACCCUCCAUCAAGCCUGGACCUCAGCAACGGAGAUGUACAUCUGCAGGACUUCCCCAUCAAGUCAGGAGACACUUUGAUCGUCGAAGAAGAAAAGAAUAAACCGAAGCCCCAGCCUCCUCUGGGAGUUUCGAAGUCCAACGCCUCCCCCAGCCUGCCAAAGGAUUCCUCUCCUGUGCUGGCGAGGCGCGUGGUCCCCGCGGACAACUCCUGUCUCUUCACCAGCGUGUUCUUCGUGGUGGAAGGGGGCGUCUAUGACCCCUCCUGUGCCCCGGAGAUGCGGGGUCUGAUUGCGCAGAUCGUGGCCAGCGAUCCCAGCUCCUACUCGGAGGCAGUGCUGGGGAAAUCCAACCAGGAGUACUGCGACUGGAUCAGGAGGGAUGACACCUGGGGGGGUGCCAUAGAGGUGUCCAUCCUGUCCAAGUUCUACCAGUGUGAGAUCUGCGUGGUGGACACCCAGACGGUCAGGGUGGACCGCUUUGGGGAGGAUGCAGGCUUCUCCAAGAGGGUCUUGUUGAUUUACAAUGGGAUCCAUUACGACCCCCUUCAAAGGGCGGUGCCCGGUUCGGACGCACCGGCCCAGACCAUCUUCUCCACCAGCGACGAUAUCAUCCUGGCACAGGCUUUGGAACUGGCCGACGAGGCGCGGAGGAAGCGUCAGUUCACAGACGUCAACCGCUUCUCCCUGCACUGCAUGGUGUGCCAGAAAGGCUUGGUGGGACAGGCAGAGGCCCGCGAUCAUGCCAAGGAGACCGGACACACUAACUUCGGAGAAGUGUGACGAUCCCUGCCCUGGAGGCCCCUUCCUCUACCUCACAGUCCCAGCAGCACUCUGGGCUUAUAAUUAAGCUAAACAAAGAUAUUAGUCAGUGUUAAGGAAACUAAAUCCACCAUGGUUACAAAGCCAGGAGAGCCUCUUUAAAAGAUAUUAUUGCUGUUUUUAUUCUUCUUAUUAUUACCAUUGUUAUUCUGAUUAUUAUUACAGUAUUGGCUGGUUUCAAAGACCACAAUUAGCAUGAAUUUUGGGUUAUCUAACCCAAGAUAACAUAAGGUUGUACAUUAUUAGGAGGCUGUGUGGUCCAGUGGUUAAAGAAAAGGGCUUGUAACAGGAGGUCCCCGGUUCAAAUCCCAGCUCACUCACUGACUCAUUGUGUGACCCUGAGCAAGUGACUUAACCUCCUUGUGCUCCGUCUUUCGGGUGAGACGUAGUUGUGACUCUGCAGCUGAUGCAUAGUUCACACACCCUAGUCUCUGUAAGUCGCCUUGGAUAAAGGCGUCUGCUAAAUAAACAAAUAAUAAUAAUAAUAAUAAUAAUUAUGCUAGUCAGGGUCUGUGAAACCAGCCAUGUUGUGUUUUAAACCAUGUUAGGAUUUUAUCACAAAAACAAUGUACCUCUGCUUAGUCACUGACACUUUGAUAACCUUCUGAGGUUAACAAGCUCUCUCUGGGAAGUUUGUCCUCUGAGUUGGAUUGGUGUUGGACACUUAAAUGCAUGUCUGCUGUAAUUUAUUCAGAAAAGUUUUUACAAGAUAGUUAUAUUUGCAACUCUUGCAAAAUAAUGGGAGGUUACCAUAUUGAAACCAAACUUACUGUAACAGUUUCGCUGCCAUACUUUACAUUCUCUUUUCAGGGGGCACGACAAUUCUAAACUGGGCGCUGAAGCAUACACUUUAUUACCAAGCUUAUUUUAACACAUGUUCCGAUCACUAGACUUCAGUCAUUGCAAAAUGUUGUAUUUUAUUGUUAGUUUUUUUUCAAGACAGCUGCUAGUUUGGCAUAUUGUGAACUGUGUUGUAUUACAUAGCCAUAAUAUUUGAGGGCAAAAUAAGAGCAAGGCUGCUGGAGUUUUCAUAGCAUUAUUUUAACUAGUACUGGAUUUACUUGAUUUUUCAGUUUACAUUUUUUUUUUUUUUGGUUUGGUCUUUGAAACAGUACAUUAUGGACAAUGGGGUUAGAUGAUUAUUUUAAAAAAAAAAGUUGCAAACCUGAACCACACCUUUCUGCAACUGGGCAAUGUAGUGCCGUAGAAACAUCAAUCAUCAAAGGUACAGAAAUGUGCUUAAACAUACUUUACCACCGUGAUAACACGGGUACAGGUCAUCUACAUGUAGAACAAGAGGUUUGCAAGAGGUCAGUCAGCAUCUUUCCAAUAGAUCUCUAAAACUAAAACAAACCCAACUGCGAGUAACUGCAGCAAGUUCAUGAAGAAUCUGGUCUUGUUCACUGUAAUGAUUUCAGCAGCUUGUGUGGGUUGCCCGAAUGCUAAUCAGUUCAGCAUUAAAUCAAGAGUCGUUUUUACAGAAAUGAAUCCAGGUUCUCCCUUGCUUGCUGCAUAAGAAACCGUUUUGUCAUUGCUUUGCACCUGCAGUUUGAGAAGCCAUUCGUUUACAGUAACAUGAACUAGUACAAACACAGGUGCUUUUUAAUUUAUUUAAUUUUUUUUUCUAAAUCUAUAUAUAUACACUCUGAUUGCUGUGGCCUAUUUUUGUGAGUGUCUGGUUUGGUUCAAGUAUUGCAAAGUAAGUAAAUUGGAAUACUUCACAGAAGUUCUGACAGAUCAGUUCCUGGUAGAACGCUAGUGUUUUGAAACCCUUGCUGAUUGUGUGUGCUACAAUCUGGAACAGGGUUAGAGAAUGCAAAACAAAAACACAAUGACUGUUUAGAAAACAGUUCUCUUUUCCUCAGGUUUAUCUGCACUUUGAGACUAUGGAAGGACUCUGUUACGGCACAGUGAACCUGUACUUGAAAGAAAGCAUUUCUAAUUCAGUGUCUGGAGAAGCCUUUUUUUGAUUCUGAACUUUUUGAAUAUAAUAGUAUUUAGAGGGGUCUAUCUUGGCUGAUUUUGUUUUAGCAAUGGUAGCAUAAGGAAUGGAUGAAUUUUGCAUAGAAUUAAAUAAAAUGUUGAAGUUAUUCAUUGUGAAGAUCAUAUUUCCCCUCCUUUCCUGAAACUGGCACGUGAAUCUUCAUAUAUGAAUGUGUACUGUACAUAACACUGCAUAUUGUGAACUGUGUUGUAUUACAUAGCCAUAAUAUUUGAGGGCAAAAUAAGAGCAAGGUUGCUGGAGUUUUCAUUUUAUUUAUUUUUUUAAAUACUGACUUGAUAGCUUUUAUAACACACACAUUGAUGUAGUGACCUAUAUUGUACCAGCUUUUUGAAAUUCAGAGUGAGUGUCCCCCCAGCCCCUAAUCCAGGGGUACUCUACUCUGGAUCCUCAAGGGUAAUGCCUUUGUUCCAGGGGGGGCUACAUUAUGAACUGGAAUGAUAUGCAAAUAGGUCAGCUUCCAGGCGUGCAAGGUGUCUGGUGCUAAUCUGGAUUUAGAUCAGGGAUCACCUUAGGAUGUAAAUCCAGAAGCCCUGCAUUUCAACUCACUGCACCAUGACAGAGAGACAGCAUGCAUGUGAUUGAGCAGUGUGUGGUUUUAAAGGCAUCUUGAGUUUGUUUCUCAGGUUCUUACGCAGAUUUUGGUACUCUUGUAACUGACCAGUACUGAUUCUGAUAACGCCUGGCCUAGUCUUUGUUUUAUUUAUUUUCUACUUGUAUUACAUCAGUAAAAAAAAAAAAUAAAAUCAGUAAUUGCCCUUUGAAUAAAACACAUACACCGCUGCAAACACACACUCUGCAAAAAAUCCGGAGUACAGUGCCUUGACACAGGACUAACUGAAGCCGAACUGGAAGACCUUUUUGGUGUUCCUUUAUUUUGUAUGAGGUACACUAUAUUGGGGCACCACUGAUUUGCAAUGGUAAGUGGUUUUGUUGUUGACACACAAUAGUUUCUGUGUACUUUAAAAACUGGCUCAAGCACUUAUCAGUGAAGCAUUCCACCGCGUGUUAAAAAUAGCUUGUAAAAAGGUAGUGCCACCUGCUUUCAAUAUUACUACUAUAAUUACUAAGUGCUGUAACCUCACAUGCUACAAUUUAAGCUGUAUCAUACUGACUCUCCAAAACUAUUUUUAUCCAGCAGCUUUUCUUUAUUUACUGUCUUAGUUCCAAUGGUAGCCUUCGUUUUUCAGUCUGGGUUGCUAUAAAUAGGCUAAAGCGACUGGUGAUCGACGUGGAUUAGCCUUUAAGUUAUUAUAACUAAGCUGCUGCGUUUUUAAAUAGGAUUGCAAGGUGCUGAUGAUGUUCUGCCACUGAAUAGUUGGUUUUAGGUAUAGGAUUUUGACUGCUGGGUUUAUUGUACUGUAUGAAAAAUGAUUUAUUGCACAUGUAAUGUGUGUAUAAUUGGCAAUGUAUCCUGGUGUAGCAAAUAUUUUAGAAAACUUGUGGUUUUAGAGUUACAGUAACAGCAGAUGGAAUUUGCUACGAUAAACCGUUUGGGCCUAUAAAUACAUCCUGCAUGAACACGGACAUGUCGAUGUGCAGAAGAUUGACAACAUGCCAUAUUUGCAUGAACCAGUAUCUGGGAAAUACUGGGAGAAAAACACCAAACCAAUCAUGGGAAUUUAGAACCAAGGGGCUGCAACAUAGGGGUUGAUUUAGUCCACAGCCACCAGGUGUCAGUUAGUGACUGGGCUGGUGCAAAAAUCAAUCUCAUCGGCAUUUACCCUGGAGAAAAUAUUGUACCUCUAGAACCACACUGCCGUCGUUGCCAUGUUGUCAAGGACAAUCAAGCGACAGCAUUUCAUGAGUAGGUCGGCCGCUGUGCUGUUUGCAGAGUACAACAUUUGUGUGCACGUAUGUUGUGUGGAUUUUGUAUCUUGUAAUUAAACUCACAAUAGCCACCCAUGCCUUUAAGACUCACUGAACCCAUGCCUGAUGAUAUUUAUGAUAUUAAUAAAAUAAGACUGAACCGUG